GGUGAUAGCGCGAGCGUAUAUAUAUGCGCACUGUUCGAUCGUCCGCGAUACUCGCGGACUGAAAAUCGUUCGUCAUACGAAGUGCGGUCGUGAGGCGCGAUGGAAAGAACGACAUGUCCCGCGGUCCUGUUGAUGAUCCUGCUGCCUCUUGCGACGCAAGAGCAGGUCGCGGAGGGUGCGUGCAGUUGCGCCGCGUUCAAUAUUUCGGGAACGGAACCGAUAAUUGAGUACACGCUUCAGCACAACGUCAGCUGCGAUCGAGGAGGCAUCGACUGCGAGCAAUUGUGCAUCGCCUUGGCCGUAAGCGCUCGGGACAAGGCGGCGAUGUUGAUCUGCGAAAAAUUGAACGCGCACAUCGAGAAUUUAAAGGUAGCGGUGUAUGCGAAGUCCUGCGACACGGCGCGCUGGUCGUUCACCGGCUUGGAGAGUCCGGAGUACAUUUGCUGCCACGAAGGAAAGGCGACGGCCUGCGACGAGACGACCGAAAAUCAAGCAGCUUCGUAAUCAGUCAUUCUCUCGUAAUCUCUCGUAGUCGUCUUUGUCAUCAGCGAAUAUCGCGCGGUCGAUCACCCUUCGCCGCGUUCCUUAUGUUUUACUCCAGUCGAUCGCGUGACAGCGCGCGCGACGCGGUUCGACGUUAUUACUCUUCAUUACCGCCAACUGACGACUCCGUCGCGAUCAUUGCGAGCUGCGAUUUUCGAGCUAUCGAGAUAUCAAUCACGGCUGAUUGCACGAGUGAUCCGCGGUGGAGUCGCUGGAUAAUUGUAAGAACGACGAAAUUCGCAUGAAGCGCGCGCGACAGCGAUGAAUUUACGUAGAAAUGCAAGUAAUGCCGUUUCGGCGGCGCAUUAUAUUCGAUACGCAUUUAUACCUUUUGUUCCGCUCACAAAGCCCUCGGAUGCCGAGACAGAAAUGUAUUGAAGCUCUUCUCUAUACAGAUGUGAUAAAGCUCCGGGCUAAAAUGCAAUAAUGUCGGCGGCGCUCGAAAAUGCGCGAAAAACCUCGCCGCGAUGAGCCGAGAAAACGCCGUGGGAAAAAACUCCUUUUCCUUAACGAGUCGUCUUCUACUCUCUGAGCUUUCGUUCAAGUGAAAUUUCAGCCCCCCCCCCCGGGGAGAGAGAUAUUACCCGGAGAAAUUUAGAAAAAAUUCCCUGAAUUUCCCGGAGGGAAGUUUCGAAAAAAAACGGAGCGACAGGUCAAAUUCUCGUUCUUUCCCGAGAGGUCUUACUUCAAGAAAUUUAGAGUACUUUCUCUCGGAGUGAACUUUCACUCGGGAAGCAGAAUGACAGUCGAGUCGUUUGGAAAUUCGAGCGAUUUUCUACUCGUUUCCUCCGCAGAGAGAAUUUUCCACUCCAAAUCGCCGAGUGAAUAUUAUCAUUCCAAGUUGAAAAGUAAAUUUGUUUUCGACACACCGUUACAGGAACAAAUUUAUUCUAAUUGAUUGAAACAUUCGCUCCUCGCGGGCGUGGGGCCGAGGUUUACUCUCUAGCUUAAUCGAAUCAUUCACUUUAACGAUUUCGAGUGGCAAUAUUUUCACUAUCGUUUGGAGUGAAUCCAAACGUAUAUAUCUCACUCUUUUCGAAUAUGAAAUAUAUCGAAUAUCAUAAUUCUUCUCAUAUAAAAUUGUCUUUCUUAUUUUACGUUUUCCAAAUCACUCAUUUCAUUGUUUUUGAUAGUUAAUACAGGAACAAACUGUCAUACGGUAGAAUUCAUCCGGCAAGGAACGCAGCCUCUUCAACAGGUUUUUAAAAUACAAAUAGCGCAUGCGAAGGGAAGAGACAAUAAAUUAUGGUGGAAUGUUUCUCGGCUGUAGAAUUACGUGCAGAAUGACUACUUUACUAAAAUAAAAAUCUGCCCAUGUGCGCAUACCUAUCGGUAAAGCGUAAUCUCUCGCAUAUUGGAUGAACGAAUCGAGUAGACUCGUCGCUCGGCGGCGGCGAUGCCGCAACGAGAUGCGAAAAAAGUUGCUCGAAUUAUUCGAAACAAUUAUCAGUAGUAAUGCUGCACCGGACGCUGCGCACUCGAUAUAGGCGCGCAUAACGAUUCGCUCGCCGCGUUUUCAACGAUAUUACGAUAGCUUAAGCGCCGAUUAUCGGCGAGAGAUUUAAUCGAGGGGGCACCUGGUCGCUUCGUAUCUGAAAGUCAAAGCUCGCUCGAAGAAGAGAGCGCUUGAAAGCAUUAAACGCCAUUCGUUCCCGACUGAAUCUCCUUUCGCAUAGCACAAAUAGCACAGCCGAUUAUACGGGGUGUAUCGGCGGAUAUGGAAAUGGAAUACGCGCCUAUCGUAUACCGUGUGUUCGUUCUUGCACGAGCUACUCUUUCUCUCGAUGGGGCUCUUAAUAAGAAUCUAAUUACACGAUGGAUUCAUUCGCGAAGCGAAAGCUCUCGUUCCAUCGAUAAUCCUCGGCGUCGCUUCAAAAUCGCUCAAGUUGCGUAUCCGGAUUACUUCAAAGAGGCGGAGAGGCGCGCUCGCCGGCAAAAUCUUCGGAAAAACGCCCCGCGAAAUCGUAGAAUCCUUCGUGAGGAGCGAAUGCGAAACUUUACAGCCGGAAGCACACAUGCAGAACAAAUGCAAGCGGCCAAAUUUCGAAGCGAUAAAACUUAAGCAUUGAGCGAAUUGCUCAGCCAGCGGUCGAUUACAGUCCGAAAAUUAUCCACCGUGAUUAGUUAGUUUGCUCGCCGCUCGUGUCUCGUUACUUACGUUUGUGCGUGUGUGUGUGUGUGCGUGUGUGCAUAUGCCAUGGGCUCAAUUUUCCGCAUCUACUACCACGCUUUUCAUUAACUAUACACGUUUAUACGACGGCAUAAAACUGGCCUAGUAACAGACGCAGUUUGCGUUCACAUGAACAGAGUAAAAUCAAUUUAAUAAUUUACGAUGUCGUAACUAUCGA